AUGAACUACAUGGCUGCUAUACAAAAUGCCCAUCAAAAGAUGAAGGCAGAAAAUAAGAUAGUUUUAAAUACUCGUCUUGAAAAAUCCAGAAAGCUUAGUGAAAAGUAUGAAGCAAACAUCUAUUUAAAAAGAGAAGAUAAUCAACCAGGACGUACCUUCAAAAUUCGUGGAAGCUUCAACUACAUUUCAAAGAUGAGCGAAGAAGAAAAGAAAAAAGGUUGUGUCACUGCAUCCGAUGGUAAUUUUGCUUUAAGCUUAGCUAUUGUUGCAGCUCACUUCUAGGUGAAAGCCCAUAUUUUCUUACCCAGUGUUACUCUUAAGCACAAAAUUGAUAAUAUCUUGAGAUUUGGUAAAGAAUUUGUUGAAGUCAGUUUAGUUGAAGCCAAUUACGAAGAAACAGUUGAAGUAGCCAAAAAACACAGCCAAGAAAAGGGUCUUAAGUAUUUCCAUUCUUUUGAUGACGAAUCUAUGAUAGAAGGAGCAGGAACUAUUGGAUAAGAAAUUAUGAAGGAUCUAGAAGGUGAUUUUGAUUACUGCUUUAUCCCUGUUGGUGGUGGCGGUUUAGCUGCUGGUGUGUCUUUUGUUAUCAAAUAGCUUUCUCCUGAUACAAAAUGUAUAGGUUUAGAACCAGAAGGAGCCCCAGCAAUGACCGAAGCCUUUAAAGCAGGACACCCUGUAAUUCUUGAUAAAAUUUCAAGAUAUUGUGAUGGUUCAGCUAUCAGAAAGGUUGGUGAUAAGCCCUUUGAACUUUGCAAAAAGAAUUUGGAUGAGCUUAAAUUAGUUCCUGAAGGUUUGAUAAGUUCUACAAUCUUAAACUUAUAUGAUAAUGGUUUGAUCACAGAACCUGCUGGUGCUAUUUCUAUUGCUGGACUUGAAUUAUAUAAAUAGGAAAUUAAAGGAAAAAAUAUUGUUUGCAUUUUAAGUGGUGGAAAUACUGAUCUUUCACGUUUAGAUGAAUUCAAAGAGCACUCUUUACUUUAUGAGGGUUUGAAGUAUUUCUUCUUGAUUACUUUCCCUUUACGUCAAGGCAUCUUAAGAGAAUUCAUUCAAAAGUGUUUGGGACCUAAUGAUGAAAUUUCUCACAUUCAAUUUAAUAAAAAACCAAAUAGAGAACAUGGUCCUGCUCUUAUUGCUAUAGAAGUUCAAAAGAAAGAAAAUAUGAUAAAAAUUACUGACAACAUGGAUCAAAUGAAUCUUAAAUAUAAAAUUAUUAAUGAUCAAAAAGAUUUAUACGAUCUACUUGUUUGA